AUGGACAUGUUCUUGACCCAUCGGAAACCUCACAUGAAGAUGCGAUGGGUCCACUGUGCACGUGUGGAGCGGCCGACAAUUCUGCGUCUUGCAGUGAAGUAUCAGCUGCACCCGCUGCCGGUGGAAGAUACCAUCCAACUCGAACAGCAGUCUGUUCCCAUCGUACGGAAAUACAAUGACAACUUCUUCAUUGUCAUCCCGCUCUUGCGGCUCACCGAAGAAGCAAAGAGGAAGCUGAGCAUCUACAAGGAAUACCGCACCAGGCGAGCCUCGGACGACCUGAAGCUGGAAGACCUCAUCGACAUUCCGCAGGUGGAGCAGUGUCGCUUCGCAGCCUUCACCGCUGGGCCGCCACACUAUGACACGGUCAUUAGCUUCAUGACCGAGUGGAAAGUCAGCAAGCUGCAUGCGGACAAUUACGACAACGAAGGCCGAUGCGAAAGUGAGCGGAGUGAUGCACGUGUGGGGUGGGCUGUCUCCCAAACGGGAAGACCCUUGAUGGAAACACCACUUCCCAUGCCGGUGCCCACGCCUGGCGGUGGUGUGGUGAGCUCUAUUCAGCUGAGAUUACCCUCGGCAAGGCAAGACUCGGGGGAAGAGCAAGACUUCUUUGCAGGGGUCGUGCGACAAAUCCAGCGAGACUACUCCAUGCUGCGCUCGGGGAAUUCCUCCUGGGUCUUAUGGCGUUUGUUGGAUGUGACGGUGGAUGAGCUUUCGCCCAUCCUCUCGGCGUACCGAGCACAACUGCGGUGGUUCUCAAGCCUCAUCACCCGGGAAGAGGCUCGGGUCUCCAAGGACGUGGAGAAACGCCUCCUGCGGAGCAAGGUGGAGCUGGAUUGGCUCCAGCGGAAGGUUCGCCCAAUGAUCAAGGUGCUGAAGCACAUCAUCAGAGACAAGGCCUUUGACCCCAAUGUCACGCGCUACUUGGAAGACAUCGAAGAUCACCUCAACACCUUCCUUGAAGAGGUGAGUCGCAUCAUGGGAGUUUGCCACUCCCUGAGGGAUGAGGUGAACUCCUACCGCGAUCGACAGCAGCAGAAGGUCUUGUAUGUCCUCACACUGGUCACCACGCUUGUGAUGCCGACUCACCUCCUCACGGGAAUCUUCGGCAUGAAUUGGCAAGAUGAGGACAUGCUCAAACGGAACGGCGGCGGUGGCGCCUUCGUUCGUUGGCUCCCGCUUUUAGGAGCAAGGAGGGCCGUUCCACUGCGCAAGCAAGGUGGAGGAAGAGCCUUGAUCAACGCCAGCCAAACAACCGCAACCUGCGCUGAUCAAAAAGGGUGCCCAAUGUUGAGGUGCCAAAGAGAUGGUGCCUUUGAGUCGGUGCGUCACCGGGCGGUUCCCGCAGGGGUGAGGCGAACGGCGGCGAACGAAAGAACAGCCCCAAGGCUCGGAGGUGAGCGAAUCGUGGAAGCAACCCUAAAAGAUCAGGUCGAAGGUGAGCGACCCAUGAAGGGAAUUGAAGGGAAUCUUUUUUUGUACCUGAAACAGACUUCCCUCUUGUCAGAAGGGAAUAUAUUGCCUGGCUAG